AGUGGGUUACGUUGAAGAGCAGUUCAGGAAUAAAACAGGAGUUCAAAGCUUUUGCAAACACACGAAAGAAAGGAACCACAUUCAUCACAUUAGUGCAGCGUUGUAUUGUGUCCGCAAAGGGAUUGUUUUUUUAAAGCGAAACCUCUUCAUUCAUUCAUUUAUCAGAUACAAAAGAGGAUCAUAAAUUUGUUACUUUCACAAAUUCCUUAGUUUACACAUUCCACAGCCAACUUUUCCUUUCUGGACGAAGUUUUGGGCUGAAGUUGUUGAAACAAAAGUACGGAGUGUAGGGAACGUCCGGGAUAGGAAUACCGUAGGCGAGAGACUCUUUCAAAAAGUUAUUUAAACAUUUCAACUGCGGAUUUUACAACGGUCCCACACAUGCAGAGCUACAAAUACGACAAAGCUAUGCCUGCCGACAACCGAAAUGGUGGGAAUUCAACUCUGAAUAAUAAGGAUCACAAGAAAGUCAUGUUAAUCUGCUUGGAUCUGUUUUGCUUACUUCUCGCUGGCCUCCCUUUCCUGGUUAUCGAAACUAGCACCAUCAAACCUUAUAAGCGUGGAUUUUACUGCAAUGACGAAAGCAUCAAGUAUCCCUAUAAGAAUGGAGAAACAAUCAGUGAUGCUGUGCUUUGUGCUGCUGGUAUUCUAAUCACCAUCCUCUCUAUAAUAUCAGGAGAGUGCUACCGGAUCCACUACAUGAAGGAAUGUUCCAGGUCCUUUAUCCGCAAUCCAUAUGUAGCUGCUCUAUAUAAGCAAGUUGGCUGCUUCAUCUUUGGCUGUGCCAUAAGCCAGUCUUUCACUGACAUUGCAAAAGUGUCUGUUGGUCGUUUAAGGCCACAUUUCCUAGAUAUAUGCAACCCAAACUUUACAGCAAUCAACUGUUCCCUUGGCUACAUUGUGGAGUUUGAAUGCAGAGGCGAUGAAGGCAAAGUUCAGGAAGCAAGGAAAUCAUUCUUUUCAGGACAUGCUUCCUUCUCAUUGUACACCAUGUUGUAUUUAGCGUUUUAUCUACAGGCCCGGUUCACAUGGAGGGGAGGCAGGCUCCUUCGACCUCUGCUCCAGUUCACACUGGUGAUGAUGGCUUUUUACACUGGGCUGUCUCGAGUCUCGGACCAUAAGCAUCAUCCCACAGAUGUUUUGGCUGGCUUUGUGCAGGGGGCCCUGGUGGCUUAUUUCAUUGCCUUCUAUGUGUCCAAUCUCUUCAAACCCAAGAUGAAAAUCCCCCCUCCACCAGUGAGAAGAGAGAUAAUUACACCCGUGGACAUCAUUGACAGGAACAACCAUCAUGGAAUGUGUUAAUCAACUUAAUGUAAUAAGUAAAUCACCAUCAACAACAAAAAAAUCAAAAUGGAUGGAGGCUGGUGCAAAAAUCAAAAGUGAAAUAGUGACUGCUGAACAGCAAGAUUGCUGCUCUCUAAUCUCAUCAGACAGUAGAAUGUAGGGAGAAAGACAUUUUACCCGCAGUCCUGUGGGUGUGUACCAUAGCAGCAUUUCUAAUCAAACCACAAAAACCGCACAGAUGACAGGAAAACUCGAAGCUUGUGAAUUGUUUUGAACUGGUCAAGGCUGACCACCAAUGACUGGCUGCAUUUGUUCGACAAAAGAAAAACUAAACUUCAUAAAAAGAUACCAUGCACCAAAACAUAAUGGUGGCUGUCUCAUUAUAAAUGAGGAGGACCAUGACAGUAAACCUUCAUAUUUUAUAUAUAAAUAUAUAAAAAACUAAAACAAGAUAACUAUGUAAAAUAUUAUUUCUGAAGCAACGUUUUUUUAGAUAUUUUAUCCUUUGCAAUUAAAACUGUUUAUAUGUGUUUCGACCUGUGUUAUUUACAAAUUGCUGCUUAAAAAUAGCAUUGAUUUAAAAAAAAACAUAUUUUGUAUGUAGUCAACUAAAAUAUUGUAAGCUUCUGGGGGGAGUUGGGGAAAUUGUUUUGAUAAAACUACAGCUAGAACCACUUGCAUCAAUAAUAAACAUCACAGUUAGUCAAUUGUCAGUCCUUUAUAUUUUUAUGUAUUUUUGUAAAAAAAAAUUUAGCUUCAACUCAUUUGUUCAUGUAGAAUUGGAGCCUUAACAUUUGACUGUUUCUGAUGUAAUUAGCUGUAUGUUUUGUCUGUGCUUUUAAAAUAAAAACUCCUAAUGGACAGUA